AUGCUAAAUCGUCUAUCCACGGGAGACCGCAUUGGCAGCUGGGGCUCAGGACAGAGAACGGCUUGUGUUUUAUGUGGGGAUCCAGAGGAAACACAAAAUCAUCUGUUUUUUAUGUGCUUCUAUUCAGAGACAAUCUGGCCAGACCUCAUGCGCAAUCUCCUUGCUAGAGACUACUCAGCUGAUUGGAAUCAGUUGGUGUAUCUCCUUCACCAGCAAUCAAGUGAUCGAAAGUUUUCCUUUUGCGAUAUACUUUUUAAACAGCGCUCUCUCAUGUAUGGCGAGAGAGAAACAAUCGCAGACAUGGAGAAUCCCCCUCUCCAGCUUAGACUUGCAAAGAUCAUUGAUAAGAACGUAUGUAACCGUUUAAGCUCAAUUGGCUCCUUAGGUAAUCAAGCUUACGAGAAUGGGAUGAAAAGGUGGCUUGCCACACGACCACCGUAA